CUUUUGUCAUGUUGGAACUAGGAGAAUUCCUUCAAAUUCAUACAAAGUUUAAUGUGUGAAAUUGUUAUAAUUAUUCAAUAAUAAAACAUAUUUUUGUUACCUAGUAUAUUAAGAUGAACUCAUGUGGUCUAAUGAAGUAGCUAGUUAGUGUUUCAAGUGUGCUGGCUAGGGAAAUUAAAUGUUAUAGGCCAAAAUGUCCCGCAACAGAUGCGACGGGCUUUUAGCUCGAGUGGAUUUCCCUUUGUACACACUACAAACUCUCACGAAUCGUCAUGUGCUCGUGGCCGGAGGCGGUGGAGCUUCUAAUACGGGAGUCGCGAAUGGUUUUGAGAUAUUUGAGAUUUCGCACAAUGGAAGCAGGUUUGUUGCGGAAGAGGUGAUGCGGCAUGAGACUGGCCCGAACGUAGUGAUGACUUGCUCUGUGAAUAGCGCCCAGAACCGGACGUACCUGGCCGCUGGACAGGAGAGUCAUUGUCAGCUUUACAAAGUGAAUAUCCGGAUGGUGGACGCGGCGGAAAUGCGACGAGGCAGUUUCCGUGCCGAAAACGGCCUCGUGCGCCGUCGGCGACGCACUGUCUCCGAGAAUGACAACAUAUCAAAGAAAGACAGCAACAGUAACACUACAGAGAAACGAAUAUCCUUUGAAAUACGGCCUAUAGACAGUGUGCAGACUGAUUUUGGUGAUGAUCCCCUCCAGCGAGUAGUGAGGGUCAGUCACAAUGGCAAAUUAAUGGCCACGGGUGGCAUGGAUGGGAGGGUGAGGGUCUGGAGCUUUCCCAAGAUGCAGCUGUUGUUUAUAUUGGAUGCACACACUAAAGAGUUAGACGACUUGGACUUCAGUCCGUGCGACACACAGCUAGUGAGUAUAGCGAAGGACGGCUUCGCGUAUGUGUGGUCCACGGCCAGUAAGAAGGCGCCCCUACUGAAACUCACGUGUCAACCCCCCAACGGCAACAAAUAUUUAUUUAGGAGGUGCAGAUUCGGCUUAAUAGAAGAUGAAAAGGACGCCUAUAGAAUGUUCACGAUCGCCAACCCGCUGGCGCGGUCGGGCGCGGCGCGUGGGCUGCUGCAGCUGUGGCGCGACGGCUCGCUGCAGCGCAGCGUGCUGCUGCCCGAGUCGCUGGCCUCGCUGGCCGUGCGCGACGAUGGCCGCUUUGUCGGCGUCGGCACCAUGUUUAGCGGCUCCGUCGACAUAUAUGUCGCGUUCAGUCUGCAGCGGGUGCUGCACGUGCAGAACGCGCACAUGAUGUUCGUGACGGGGCUGGAGUUCCUGCCGGUGCGCGGCUACGGGCCGCCCAUCGCCAGCCGCAGCGAGGCCGCCCUGCUCUCCAUUUCCGUCGACAACUGCCUCUGCGUGCACAGCUUGCCUUGCAGGAGUACAGUACCUGCCUGGGUUGCCAUUCUACUUAUCGUAUUUGUACUGUUUUGUACAUUCACCCUGUGUUCGUACCUGGGCAUUUAACGACGUAUAUCGAAUUAAAAAUAAAUUGGCAUAGACAAGCGCGCGGUGAGAAUAGGUACCUAUCAAACUGGACUAUUUUAGUUGGACUAUUGGUCCGUUAAAAUGGCGCGCUUUAUGUAUAAAUUAAUAUAUUUGUCAAUAAGUGGUGUUUAAUGAAAAGUACCUUGGGAUUACUUUAGGAUAAAUUAUGUUAAUAGUUAAUUAUGCUCACUGUAUGUAUAAAUAGAAUCAAUUGAUUAAAAUAAUGUGCAAUGUU